ACCGUUGCCCUAGAAACGAGUAGGCGUCGCCUCUCGGGGAAGGGCGUGGCUGAGGCUGUUAACUACAGCGGCGUUCCUUGGAGCGGCUAGACUCUGGGUAUCUCCGGUAGGACCGCUGCGGGGACGACCGGCCAGGCCAGAGGACUCGGGGCGGGGGCGAGGGCCCGGCCCAGGCGGUGGAGAGGGAGAAGACGUCGCACACCCGACGCCCCUUGCCGAAGCGACCGCGCGUUCCAGAAAAUGAGCUCCUCCCCAUAGUGCCGGCUCCAGAAGUGAGGGUGGGAGCAGCAGCUUCCCGACCCGACUUGCGGCUUGAAAGUGCUCAGUCCUCCCCACCGAGAAAGUGACCGUGCCUGGCCGCACGCCUGCCCCGCGCGGCUGGGCUUGGAAGCGUCUUCUGCCGCAGACGUGGAAGCUACCCGGGAAGCGCCCGUUAGCCAAUGUGUGCGCGCGGCUCUCCUGAAGCCCAGCUUCUCCAUGACAGCAGGUCAGCGCGCGGCUGUGCCGCGGAAGGAAGCCGAGUCAGGCUUUAUGUCAAGUUUUCCAGACUUGGGGUUGUGGUGAUCCCCGGGUUGAGACUGAAGUCUCUUAAUACUGGAGGAGGUGUCUUCUCUGUUGCCUGACCUACCUACAUAAUAAAUUUCAAGCCAGACAUUGGAAGAAAUGUCAGAAGAUUCAGAAAAGGAAGACUAUUCAGACAGAACAAUCAGUGAUGAUGAAUCAGAUGAGGAUAACUUCAUGAAAUUCGUAAGCGAAGAUAUCCACCAGUGUGCACUUUUAACAGCUGACUCUAUUAGUGACCCAUUUUUCCCCCGAACUACUCAGAUACUAUUGGAAUAUCAACUAGGGAGAUGGGUGCCACGUCUUCGUGAACCACGAGAUUUAUAUGGUGUCUCUUCUUCUGGUCCGCUGAGCCCAACACGGUGGCCAUACCACUGUGAGGUCAUUGAUGAAAAGGUCCAGCAUAUCGAUUGGACUCCUUCUUUUCCUGAGCCAGUGUACACCCCAACAGGCCUAGAGAUGGAACCCCUUUAUCCAAACUCCAAGGAAAACACUGUAGUUUAUCUAGCUGAAGAUGCUUACAAGGAGCCCUGUUUUGUGUACUCCCGAGUAGGGGGCAACCGAACACCCCUGAAGCAGCCUGCGGACGACUAUAAUGAUACUUUGACGUUUGAAGCAAGGUUUGAGAGUGGAAAUCUGCAGAAGGUAGUCAAAGUGGCAGAAUAUGAGUACCAGUUGACCCUGCGCCCUGACCUCUUCACAAAUAAACACACCCAGUGGUACUAUUUCCAAGUCACUAAUACCCAAGCAGGAAUAGUCUACAGAUUCACUAUCAUCAAUUUCACUAAGCCUGCUAGUCUUUACAAUCGGGGUAUGCGCCCACUGUUUUACUCUGAAAAAGAAGCCAAGACUCAUAAUAUUGGCUGGCAGAGAAUAGGAGACCAAAUCAAGUAUUACAGGAACAACCAGGGACAAGAGGGGCGCCAUUAUUUCUCUCUCACAUGGACAUUUCAGUUUCCACACAACAAAGACACCUGCUACUUUGCUCACUGCUAUCCAUAUACUUACACCAACCUGCAAGAAUACCUUUCUGCUAUCAAUCACGACUCCGUACGGUCCAAGUUUUGUAAAAUACGUGUCUUGUGCCACACAAUGGCUAGGAACAUGGUGUAUGUAUUAACGAUCACCACUCCCUUGAAGAACACGGACUCAAGAAAACGAAAGGCUGUGAUUCUGACUGCAAGGGUCCAUCCAGGAGAAACCAACAGCUCUUGGAUCAUGAAAGGCUUCCUAGAUUAUAUUUUAGGAAACUCGAGCGAUGCGCAGUUGCUUCGGGACACUUUCAUCUUCAAGGUGGUACCCAUGCUGAAUCCAGAUGGCGUGAUUGUGGGAAAUUAUCGUUGUUCCUUGGCUGGACGAGAUUUAAACCGUAACUAUACAUCUCUCCUGAAGGAGUCAUUUCCUUCUGUUUGGUAUACCCGGAACAUGAUCCAUAGAUUGAUGGAGAAACGAGAGGUUAUUUUAUAUUGUGACCUUCAUGGCCAUAGUAGAAAAGAGAACAUCUUCAUGUAUGGCUGUGAUGGUAGUGACCGGUGUAAGUCAUUAUACUUACAGCAACGGAUCUUUCCACUUAUGCUGAGCAAAAACUGUCCGGAUAAAUUUUCAUUCUCAGCUUGCAAAUUUAAUGUUCAGAAGAGCAAAGAGGGCACAGGAAGGGUAGUAAUGUGGAAAAUGGGAAUCAGGAACAGCUUUACCAUGGAGGCUACUUUUUGUGGAUCUACCCUGGGUAAUAAACGGGGCACUCAUUUCAACACAAAAGACUUGGAGUCAAUGGGAUAUCAUUUUUGUGAUUCUCUCUUGGACUAUUGUGAUCCAGACCGAACCAAGUAUUAUCAGUGCCUGAAAGAAUUAGAAGAAAUGGAAAAACAUAUAAACUUGGAAAAAAUCCUUGAGGAUUCAGAUACUUCUCUGAAAGAAAUGACACUGGAUCUAGACUCUAGUAGCCGAGGCUCUGACAGUUCAGAAUCCAGUGAGUCUCAGACUUAUCUUCUCAAGUUGACUUCUCAGAUAAAAAACAAGAAAAAACACCUGAAAACAAAGAAGGAAAGAAAUUCUUCCAUAGCAAGUCAUCAGAACACCAGAGAAGAGCAAGAGGCGUGUGAUAAAGGACAUUUAGUGCAAAGACACAGAGAAUCAGAUUCUGAAAUGAAAGAUAUAAAGGCAAAUGUAUCAGAUGAUUGUAUAUUUGAUUAUUUCAGAAGAUCAUUUCCUAAUCAAGAUUUGGUGAAAAUACCGGGACGAGCUCCUGCUUGGUUUCUAAAAAGAUAUUUGAGCUCCCAAAAUAGGAUUCAGAGGCUCAGCAAAGACCAACAAAGACAGUUGUUAGAAACUGGUGAGAAGACAAUCCACGAAAUAAUUCAGCCCAAGAGCACUAAUUUGUAUGGAAACUGUUUCAAAGUAAAAUCCUUCAAGUGUCCCAUGAGCACGCACACUCCCAGCUGGGCUGAGAAGACAAGGAUACCAGCAGAAGAUCUGCAUCACAACUUUAAAAGCAGAAUGAAAGAAUGUACUUCUUUCCCGAGCAAGAAGACUGGCAUAAAUUGGACAGAUGAUGAAAAGAGAAUCUACAGGGAUAAAAGAAUAGCUCAAACUCAAGAGAUUCUGCAGUAUUUGCUCCCUAUCAUGGAAAGCACUAAAAAUGUACAAACCCCUCAGAAGAAACAAAUACUCAACCCAAGAACCAACUUCCAAAUUCAACAUCAACAAAAGCCAGUGACUUACAUAAAUGUAAAGAGAUUCAGCACAUCUUGGACACCACCCAGAAAUCACCCUCUUAUAAGCCAACGGAAUCUAACGGUCAGCUCUCUAGAGUGGCUCCAGUCCGUGUCCCAGAGCCCACUUGAAAACCUGUCACCUCUUAAAGUGCCCAAGAAAAAGAAAAAACACUCUCGAAUCAAGGCCACAAAGACUAAAGACGUAAAACCUGUCAGCAGCAAAUGGGAGACUUAUCCCUCAAGUCUCGAAAAGGACGCGGAUAUUAGCAAAGAAGAGAGUCUUCAAGCUGAAGAAUGCAACGAGCAAAACUCUUUGCAAAUAGCUCCACAUCCAGCUAAAAAUAAGGAUGAGCAACCAAGUAAAAAGUACAGACAACCUGCCUUCUAUUUGAACCUCCAGAGAGACAAAUAAUUCAGCUUUAUGCUACUCUGAAAACCUUGGAUGAAAAUACCAUAUGCCUACCUAGUAAAAAGGAAAAGAAAGAAAGAAGCCCUCCCUACCUUCUCUCGCGCGCCCCCCCUUACAGAUACAUAUGCAUAUCCCAACUACAAGGUCCAGAUAACCCAUCUUCAUUAGUGGCAACAUCUUUCAGAGAUUUAGAAAGAAAUCCAGAGAAAAUACAGAAAAUUUAAAAUCACUUAUUUAUAUUUAAUUUUUGUCAGGAUGGAAAAAAAAAUCUAUGAACUUCUGAAUUCUUCCAAAACAACGUGUGCAUUAGAACACCAAAAAACUAAGAACUCAAGGACGAAUGACCUCUACUAUCAAUGCCUCUAACAUUCCUAGUAGGCACCUUAAUAAAUCAAUCAACAUCUUUUCUUGAA